UUAAGAAACACUCCAGGCUUGCAGAGUCAUGGUGGGGAACUGCGGAGAAGAGACUCGGGAUGGUCGACGCGCAUCCGACCAGGUCCUUCGGAACGUGAAGCCAGUGUUCUGCCUGCCACGAGGUUCGCUGUCUCUUUGUCCUGUGCGAACUGUGUGCCGUGCUAGUUCCCUUGCCUAGUUCUUGUGGGGAACAUGUCUUUAGGUGAAAGUUAUUUGCAUUACUUCUUCCUUAAGUUAAACAUAGCAUUUUAAUGGCCAGUUGCACCAUUAGCGGUUGGGCGUGAUUUUGUUUCCACUGAACUGGUUUGAUCGUGGUUUGACCACAUUUUCCGUUGCGUCUUUGUGUUUUCAGCGCUAGGCAAAGAUCGUUGGGAACUUUUCCGGCAGUUCAUUACGAUAUCAGAUCGAAACGGCGCGAGCAGACACAUCCGGAAUAUUAGCAGACAGGGGUUAUCAUUUUAAUCAUACGUACAUAUUAAGAAAAGAUGUACGAAAUUUCAGAUUUUUUAUUUUUUAUUUUUUUGUAUUAAAUAGUGGCUUUUAUUUUUAAACCAAACCUAGUCAUACUAUUUCAGACUGCUUCGUUUUGUAAUUAUGUAACAGGUUGUGUUUUCACUCGUUUUUAAAAUCAACAGAUAUGAGGCAUCGGUCGCAUUUGCAGCUAUCUUGUGGCGACCUCAGCAACUAUUUGCUUGCCGUGUCACAGUCGAUUGUAGGGACUUCAAAUCUGACCACCCCACCAUACGAAAUGCAACUAACACUUUUCAACACUGUUGCUGCAGAUUGAAAAUGUUGAGAGAAAUUAUCCGAUCAUUCAUUGAUUAAAUCAUUGAAUCGCAGAUCGAAAAGCAGAAUGGUGCAACUGGCCUUAAGUGGGAUUUUUCAAUCUCUUUUAAUUUUAAAUGAUUUAUCCCAAUUUUUGGUAUGUGAAGGCAUAACUCAUAUCUCCCAGACCUUCUAUACCUUUUUAGCAACUACGUAAUUUACUAGGCAGUAGUGUGAAAACGCCACGAGGAAAUAACUUAUUAUUCCGUGCGGGUGACUACAACUAUCAUGAUAGCCACACCAGUUCACAAAUCAGCCUAAGCUGAGUCCUAUGCCGUUUCAAACAAACAAAUUACCGCAGAAGCUUUAUUGCAAGUAGUAUAAAAAUAUUUGAAAUUGCAAGAUGCUCAGGUCUAAUCCCUCUUACAGAGUUUCAUAAGGAAAAUUUAAAACAAAAAUACAAUUGCUACCAGAUUCAUGUGUUAGUUGGCAAUGCCUCAGUUGAAUUGAGAUUAUUAAAUGAGAGUUUUAUAAAACACAUUUAUGAUUAAUAUAAGAUGACCUUUGAGUGUAAAUGGCUGGUAGUUGAGGUUAUGUACUGUGCCAAAUUGUUGGUGGAACAUUUUCAUCACUGCACUGGCCAAAGUGUGAGGUCGUCUGCAGUGACCUUCUAGUUAUAAACCUAAAGAAAGCUCCUUGGUGUGUUGCAUAGACAUUUAUUUAUUUAUUUAUUUUGAACACUCCUGUGAAAUGAAGUGGAUUGUUUGGUAAACAUGUUGUCUUUGUUCUGACGGUGAGCACAAUGAUUUAUAUUUAUGUCACUUUUUAAUAGACGUAUAUAAAAACAUAACCUUUUGAAAUUUUGAAACAGUAAUAACUUAAUUUUUCUACAUCUUAACGUUAGACUAUAACUAUAUACUUGAAUUCAAAUAGGUAACCAAUUGUUGUACUAAUUGUUGUACUAAUUCAACUAUCAUUUACUGAAUUGAGUGAGAUUGUGGUAUCACGUACUUCAGAACUAAAACUACACAGUGUGCAGGAACUAGAAAGAUCAAAUAGUAACCCAAGGCUUUUCUGUAUCGGGUUGUCCACGUAAUGGAAAGACUGGGAAAAGUCAUGGAAAUUUUUCAUUAAUUUUAAUUUUAGGAGAAAAUGUCUUGCUUCAGUUGCCAUCACUAGUAUUGUAAAAGUUUUUUUUAUUUUUAAUUUUGUUUCAUACAUAAACGUACACAUUAAACAAUGGCUUGUGUAAUGUUUAAACUAGGUGAGCUAUAGGGAUGGUGGAGGCUAGGUUUUCUUUAUUUCUUUUGUAAAUUUGCCAAAUAGGUCAAUUAUUUACAAGUAAUUAGUCUGGGAAAUUUUAAAUUUUGUUCAGGGAAAGUAAGGGAAAUAUCACAGGUAUUUGUGGACACCUGUGUAUCAUAAAAUUGUUGUUGAUUGAACAGCUUAACAAACCACUUCAUAGUACUGACCACACAGACGUUACCUGUCCCCUGUGACACUCGUGAGAUGACCAACUGCAGUUCUCUGGAGAGGGAAGGCCAGCGUCGCAGGGGACAGGCAUGCGCGUGGUGGCGCGGGAGUGUCGUCUGUUGGUGCUGGUUGUCUCACGAGUGUUGGUUUGCAGAGGCUGUGGUGAGAGUGUUGUUUCAUGGUGUUGCACUGCCAGCUUGUCUAGGUGAGAGCUCGCCGGCCGAGCGGAGCAGCCCGCGGGCACGGCCGGAGCUUUGUGGCAGAAAUGACACUACACGUGAAGCAGCUGGGAAGAAACGUGACGGGGCGGGAGACGGGCUCCAACAAGCAGAUGGCCUCCAAGAGCUGCGCCCUGUCGCUGGUGCGGCAGCUGUUCCACCUGGGCGUGAUCGAGGCGUUCAGCGGCACGCUCAAGAAGAACAGGGAGGCGGAGCAGUUGAAGCCCUACGAGGUGCGCCUGAGCCCCGAGCUGGUGCGGCAGGUGGCCGACGUGCUGGAGGGGAUCAAGGUCGCGCCCGUCGAGAUCCCCCCGGAGCCGGAGGGCCCCGUGUCGCUGCUGUCCAGCCACAUCCUGGACGAGUUCAAGACCACCAAGCCCCAGGCGGCGGGCGUGGUGUCGUGGUCCCCCCCGCAGCCCAACUGGAACCCCUGGCUGGGCUGCAACAUCGACGAGGGACCGCUGGCGCACGUGAGCAUGGAGCAGAUCAGCACGGACCUGCACGACAACUUCCGGGAGCGCAUGCAGAAUGACGCCCCGCUGCAGCGCAUGCUGAAGGAGCGCAGCUCGCUGCCGGUGUUCGCGUGCCGCCAGGCCAUCAUGGCGGCCAUCAACGACAACCCCGUCGUCAUCAUCCGCGGCAACACGGGCUGCGGCAAGACCACCCAGGUGUGCCAGUACAUCCUGGACGACUACAUCCAGUCGGGCCAGGGGGCGUUCUGCAACAUCGUGGUGACGCAGCCGCGCCGCAUCUCGGCCGUGUCCGUGGCCGACCGCGUCGCCAACGAGCGCAUGGAGCAGCUGGGGCUCAGCGUCGGAUACAGCGUGCGCUUCGAGUCCGCGCUGCCGCGCCCCUACGGCUCCGUCAUGUUCUGCACCGUGGGCGUGCUGCUGAGGAAGCUGGAGAACGGGCUGCGCGGAGUGUCGCACGUCAUCGUGGACGAGAUCCACGAGCGGGACGUCAACUCGGACUUCGUGAUGGUCGUGCUGCGCGACAUGGUGCACACGUACCCCGACCUGCGCCUCGUCCUCAUGUCCGCCACCAUCGACACCUCCCUCUUCAGCAAGUACUUCAACGACUGCCCCGUCAUCGAGAUCGAGGGCCGCGCCUUCCCCGUGCAAGACUACUUCCUGGAGGACUGCGUGCAGCUGUGCAAGUUCGUGGCGCCGCCGCCCGACCCCAAGAGGAAGCGCCGGGACAAGGAGGAGAGCGACGUGGCGGGGGAGGACGCGGACGAGAACCUGAACAAGGUGGUGUCGGCCGACUACCCUCCGCAGGUGCGCCAGGCCGUCGCCCAGCUCAGCGAGAAGGAGGUCAGCUUCGAGCUGAUCGAGGCGCUGCUCAGGUACAUCAAGUCCCUGGGGUUCCCCGGGGCCGUGCUCAUCUUCCUGCCGGGCUGGAACCUCAUCUUCGCCAUGAUGCGGCACCUGCAGCAGCACACCACCUUCGGGGAGGGGGCGUACCGCAUCCUGCCGCUGCACUCGCAGCUGCCCCGGGAGGACCAGCGCCGGGUGUUUGAGCCGGUGCCCGACGGUGUGACCAAGAUAAUCCUGUCGACGAACAUCGCGGAGACCUCCAUCACCAUAGACGACGUGGUGUACGUGAUCGACAGCGGCAAGUCCAAGAUGAAGCUGUUCACGUCGCACAACAACAUGACGAGCUACGCGACGGUGUGGGCGUCGCGCACCAACCUGGAGCAGCGCAAGGGACGCGCGGGCCGCGUGCGCCCGGGCUUCUGCUUCCGGCUGCUCACGCGGGCGAGGUACCACAAGCUGGACGAGCACAUGACGCCCGAGAUGUUCCGCACGCCGCUGCACGAGCUGGCCCUGUCCAUCAAGCUGCUGCGGCUGGGGGCCAUCGGCCAGUUCCUCAGCAAGGCCAUCGAGCCGCCGCCCAUCGACGCCGUCAUCGAGGCCGAGGUGCUGCUCCGCGAGAUGAAGUGCCUGGACGCCAACGACGAGCUGACGCCGCUGGGCCGCAUCCUGGCCAAGCUGCCCAUCGAGCCGCGCCUCGGCAAGAUGAUGGUCCUGGGCUGCAUGUUCUCGUGCGGCGACGCCCUGGCCACGCUGGCCGCCAGCAGCUCCACCUCGCCGGACGUCUUCAGCACCACGAUGGACAAGCGGCGGCUGACGUUCCAGCAGAAGUCCUUUGCCGGGACUCGCUUCUCGGACCACGUGGCCAUGCUGAACGCGUUCCAGUCGUGGGAGGACGCGCGCAUGGGCGGUGAUGCUGCGGAGGCCAACUUCUGCGAGCACAAGAUGUUGUCCAUGCCCACGCUGCGGGUGACGUGGGAGGCCAAGAACCAGCUGAAGGAGCUGCUGCAGUCGCAGGGCUUCGCGGAGGAGUGCAUGGUGCAGCAGGUGUUCAACUACCACGGCCCGGACCCCAAGCUGGACAUGGUGGUGGCGCUGCUCUCCAUGGGGCUCUACCCCAACGUCUGCUACCACAAGGAGAAGAGGAAGGUUCUGACCCAGGAGGCGAGGGCCGCGCUCAUCCACAAGACGUCCGUCAACUGCAGCAACUUCGAGCAGAACUUCCCGUUCCCCUUCUUCGUGUUUGGAGAGAAGAUCCGAACGCGGGCGGUGGCGUGCAAGCAGAUGACGAUGGUGACGCCCAUCCACCUGCUGCUGUUCGGGUCGCGCAGGGUGGAGUACGUGGACAAGAUGGUGCGUCUGGACGGCUGGAUCAACCUGGACAUGGACGCGAGGGUGGCGGCCAUGCUGGUGGCGCUGCGGCCGGCGCUGGAGGGCCUGGUGGUGCGCGCCUCGCGCGACCCGGAGGCCAUCUCCGAGCCGUCCCCGCUGGACGACAAGGUCGUCAACGUGAUCCGCCAGCUGUGCAAGCUCAACGCCGGCCGCUUCGGCAUGGAGCCCGUGGGCAUGAGCGGGUUCAACUCGAGACGACCGCCUCGCGGACACAUGAACAGGGACUUCGACGGUGGACCUCCUCCGAAGAUGAUGCGGCCCGAUGGCUACGGAGGCGGGGGAGGCUUCAACACCGGGAGAGGCGGCUACCGAGGCGGCUACGGCGGGGGCGGGGAUGGUUUCCGCGGACGGGGCGGGGGCUACGGGGGCUACGGCGGUCGCGGCAGGCCCGGGUUCCGCGGCGGCUUCCGCGGCGGCUACUGAGCUGCUACGUGUACACGCUUUUAUGUUUUGACUGUACCAAAAAAAGUUUUACUAGCCUGUAGGAAAGCUGCAGUAAUUAUUGUUAAACUAAAAGGUUGUUUUAAAUGUUUGAUUCAUGAUGGAUACAUGUAAAUUUAUUUGUGGUGUCACAAAUCCGUUCAAUAAGUGUUAUUGAAGACUUAUAUGAUGCAGGCUUUUUUUUUCUUUCUUUGUGAUGAUAAUGCAAGAAUGUAUUUGAUGCAUGUUGUAAUGAAUGCUGCGAUAGUUCCACUGAUGAUUGUGCAAGAUUGUGCAAGACAGUUGUAAUGAUUAGCCCUGUUGCCAUGUAGCUCAGCGCCAAGUACCAGCCUCUAGUGCAGUAGACAGGGUCUGUGCCUCUGGCCACACGCCAGUAAGGCACUCUGCAAGUUUUCAGUUGUGUCUAUGUACUACCUAAAUAUAGGUGUGGCAUUUAUGUAAUCUGUGUUAUAUGUAUCUUUUGUAACUAUGACCAAUAAAUGAGUAUAUAAUGUGUAA